UCCCUUCCCAGGUGGAGAGAGAUGGGAAUAUCAAGACAUAGCCAGGUGAAGAGAAGUACAUGUGGGCUCCAGGCUGCGGAGCCCCGAAGACGUCAACAUGUUGCUGAGGCCAGAGUGAAACCGGAGGGCCCGGAGGGACUGGCUGGCCAGCCCACAGCCGCAGCUCACACCUCUCUGAGGGGCUCUCCCCAGGUCUCAGGUCUGGGAGGCUUUCUCUCCUGAGACCCCUUUUAAGAGUUCUGUCUCACUCAGCUUCUUCCUGGGCACUCGUUGGCCUGUCUGUCUCUGGGGCCACCAGGACUUGUGCGGUGCCCUGUUUGUGUUGCUGGCACUGGCACCGAACACCCAUGUGGUCUCAUAGGAAGGUCCCAGUAACUCCUCACUGAAAUGCACCUGCUUAUCCAGAAACGAGGUCCUGUAUUUCUGGACUCGUUCCUUUGGAUGAUUAGAGAAUGCUGGCAAUGACCAGGACCAAGCCACUGGCCCUUUUCUGUGAAGCUGAAGGUGAGGUGGCGGACCAGGGGAAGCCCAGUGACUCUUCGGGACACAGGACACUCUCCCCAGCUCCCGCAGACCGUCCAGCUGAGUGCUCUCCCAAGGGUCUGAGUCCUGUCCCUCACUGCCCAGCCUACUCAGCCACAUGCUCUAAAGGUCCUGUGCUACCUUGCUCACUGUCUCUUUCAAGCUGGGCCAGGCUCAGUGGGGCCUGCCAGUUUCCGGAUCGCCUGCUGGGCUUCGGGAUCACAUCCUCAGGACACUCCCUGUUCUCCCUGCUUGGCAUUUCCCAAGGAGACUCCCCAGACAAGCCAGCAUUCUGGGGGGUUUCCGUGUGCUGGAAAACAAGGCGGCAUCCAGGAGAUCAAAGGAAGACAGCAGGGGCAGGGAGGAGCCCCGGACUCAGAGCACAGUGGUCCACUCCAGCUCUGUGCUCUGCCUCUGAGGAGCCCAUGGCCCAGCCCCUGUGCACCCUGCUGCUCCUGCUGGCCGCUCUGGCUGGGUCCCAGGCCUGGAGCCCCGAGGAGGAGGAUAGGGUGAUCCCAGGUAGCAUCUAUGACGCAGACCUCAAUGAUGAGUGGGUACAGCAUGCCCUUCACUUCGCCAUCAGCGAGUACAACAAGGCCACCGAAGAUGAGUACUACAGACGCCCACUGCGGGUGCUGCGAGCCAGAGAGCAGGUCGUGGCCGGAAUGAAUUACUUCCUUGAUGUAGAGUUGGGCCGAACCACAUGUACCAAGUCCCAGCCCAACUUGGACACCUGUGCCUUCCAUGAACAGCCAGAACUGCAGAAGAAACAGUUGUGCUCUUUCCAGAUCUAUGAAGUUCCCUGGGAGGACAAAAUGUCCCUGGUGAAUUCCAGGUGUCAAGAAGCCUAGGGAUCUGUGCCAGGCCAGUCACACCAACCGCCUCCUACUCCCACCCCCUGUAGUGCUCCCACCCUUGGACUGGUGGCCUCCACCCUGGGGGAGGUCUCCCCAUGCGCCUGCGCCAGGAGAAAGACAGAGAAGGGAGCAGGAGGCCUUUGUUGCUCAGCAGGGGGCUCCGCCCUCCCUCCUUCCUUCUUGCUUCUUAUAGCCCUGGUGUGCGGUGCACACGCCCCCAUCUCCUGCAAUAAAACAGUAGCAUUGGC